AUGGUAAUGGCAAUUGCGUUAUUGCCAAACCAAAAGCUGGAUGAAGGUUUUGAUGAAAUAAGAAGGAUGUACCGUACGGAAAUUCAAAACUAUAUUGGACAAAACGAAAAUGAAAACAUACAUAAAUUCCUGGAGUAUUAUCGAAGAACAUGGUUGACAGGUAUUUUUGCUGAGAUGCUGUCAGUAAGCCAUCAAAACAGACGAACUAACAAUGUUUUAGAAAUUAGCCAUAGGAAUCUAAUGACGAACAUGCAAAAUCCUAAUCCAAGCCCAUGGUUAUUUUUAGAAAACCUUAUUACUCACGUUCAUGGAAUCAUGAACGAUUACCGGUUGGCAGUAGAUGGCAUAGAAGUCCGGCAACCUAGGCCACGUGCGAGCAUCGAACAGGACAAAAAAAUAACCUUGGGCCUAACAAAACUCGUACAGAAUCGUUUUAGUGUAGCAGAGUUCUUGGGUUACACUAAACAUGUAACGCCAAAUUUUGGAGUAGAGCGCCCUAAUGUUCACAAUGAAGAGUUACGAGCACAGACUGCUCAACCAAUCAUCGAACCAGUUUUGAAUAAUAUGAUGGACAACAUUGAGUUACGAGCACAGACUGCUCAACCAAUCAUCGAACCAGUUUUGAAUAAUAUGAUGGACAACAUUGAGUUACGAGCACAGACUGUUCAACCAAUCAUCGAACCAGUUUUGAAUAAUAUGAUGGACAACAUUGAGUUACGAGCACAGACUGCUCAACCAAUCAUCGAACCAGUUUUGAAUAAUAUGAUGGACAACAUUGAGUUACGAGCACAGACUGCUCAACCAAUCAUCGAACCAGUUUUGAAUAAUAUGAUGGACAACAUUGAGUUACGAGCACAGACUGCUCAACCAAUCAUCGAACCAGUUUUGAAUAAUAUGAUGGACAACAUUGAACCAAGAGAUCGUGUGAUACUUGGAUAUGAGUCACCACCAGCAUUCUUCCAGGGAGUUCUGAGGCAUUACAACCUGCCUUUAUUAUUACCAUUGCCCAUUUAUGAAGAACAAGAUGUGAUGCCAUAUGAUGUUUUGCAUGAGUUUCAGGAACAUAAUGAUGAAGAGCUAGAUAAUGAAAUUGUACCAUACGUGGUUGACAAUAUUGAACCAUUGGUAUGGCCGACAUUCGAAUUUGAGCCACAGCAUCAAAUAAUAAAUCCAAUUAACGAUUUUCCUCACAUAAAUAUAAGAAGAUCAAAUGAUGAAGUUGAAAACAUGAGAGAAAUUGUGGUGUGUGUGGCAUGCAUGAGUACUGGAUCAAAUAUUGUACUAAGGCCAUGCAACCAUGUCUGCUUGUGUGGUGAAUGUUUCGAAGGAUUGGAUAGAUUGGUUUGUCCACUUUGCCGAGCAGUAAUUACAGAAAUUGUCGUUAUUUUAGAGUAA